AUGGCUCUCCAGAAAUACUCGUUGCAAGUGAAGCAUAUACCUGGGAAAGAACUGCUGCUAGGAGACGCACUUUCACGUUUUCCCGCUAAGGAAACGCUGGAAGAAGAGGAAAAGUUCCAAGUAAACGCGCUAGAGCACAUAUCAGUUACUCAAGACCGCCUUCAAGAAAUCCGAGAGGCAACCGCGAGUGACGCGCAACUGCAACUACUGCGUCAGUAUGCGCGGACUGCAUGGCCGGAAGAGAAAGACCAAGUGCCGCAACUUGGAAGGCCUUUUUGGUCAUACCGGGAGGAAAUCCAUGAAGAAGAUGGACUUGUACUCCGGUCCAACAAGCUAGUCAUACCUACAGCUAUUAGGCAAAAGAUCAUCAACCUGCUGCACGCAGCACACGCAGGCAAGGAGAAGAUGAAAAGAAGAGCUCGAGAUAUCCUGUUUUGGCCAGGAAUCAACGCUGACAUUGAGGGCAAGUACGACAACUGCAGCAUAUGUCAAAAGUACAAGCCAAGAAAUGUCAAGAUGCCACUCUUGAGUCAUGUGGUGCCAGCACUGCCUUGGCAGUAUGUUAGUGUGGAUUUCUUUACUCAUCAAGGACGGGAUUUCAUAAUCAUAGUGGACUUCUACUCAUUUUACUUCGAGGUCGAAGAAAUGAAAACCACCACAGCUUCCAAAGUUAAAGAGUUUUGCUUGAAGGCCUUCGCAACACACGGACUCCCUUCAAAACUUUUAAGUGAUAAUGGCCCCCGUUUGGGAGCCACGACUUCAAACAGGUCCUGA